CGUCAUAUCUUUGAUGUAGGUCACCUCCUAGAGUUCUUGAAGAUUUUAGUGGGCUGUGGGAAGACAAUGAAAAGAAACUGUAGUAUUAGUGUGCUUGUGUGUGGUCUUUUUCAGGUUUCAACGAAAGAUUUCCGGAUCAACGCACCAAGUUGACCCUACUCUAGUCUUUUUCGUCUUCCUCUUCUCAGUACUUUAAUGCAUAUAUACAUGCUUACUCAGGCGUCACUUCUCCAUAUAUAUCCAAGUAGCUUAAAGGGUCCAUUAAUGAUGAAGAGUGCAGCAAAUAUGGGGGAAGCCUCGUCAUUUCAUGAACCGAAGUACAAAGGUGUGAGGAAGAGGAAAUGGGGAAGGUGGGUGUCGGAGAUCAGGCUGCCCAACAGCCGUGAGAGGAUCUGGUUAGGCUCGUAUGACUCGCCAGAGAAAGCUGCUAGAGCUUUCGAUGCUGCGGCGUUUUGUCUUCGAGGCACCUCCGCCAAGUUCAAUUUUCCCGACCAACCACCAAAUAUUCCCGGAGGAAGGUCACUUUCUCCCUCCGAGAUACAAGCUGCCGCCGCUCACUUUGCCAAUUCAUUCCCAUUAUUCCCAUCUACGUCAGGCUCAGUUUCAGAAGCCGCCGUCCCCAUGGAGGCAGAAACCUCCACCCCCUCCCUUCUCUUACCAGAUAAUAAUAAUAAUGUGACGGAUUACGGAAUAUUUCCAGGAUUUGAUGAUUACUUCAUGCGAUCACCCAUCGUUUCUUCAAGGUCUCCUGAUUACGAUGAUGAGGAGAACUUAAGCUACUGGGAUAUCUCGCAAGACCCAUCAUUCCUCUGGAGCUUUUAAUCAAUCCAGUUAUACAUACCAUCAACCAUAUUGAAGUACAUUAUACAUACAUACAUACACCUGCCGGAAAAAAGUGUCAAAUUCCCGGAUUAUAUUUGUCGCCGGAGUUGCUGACAGAGGUGAUUGUGGAGAUGAAUUUUUCAAUAUGGAGCCUACCUCCUAAAGGUGAGCCAUUACCAUUCGUACACGUCGAAUAAUCUUUUUCAUGUACUAUGCACUAUAGUUGUUAUUUUUAAGAGAAGGGUGUUGGGAUUAAUACACCUUCA